UAAUUCAACUCAGUAAAACUCAACACUUCAGCUGAUGUGCCGCUGAAAUUUCUCUGUGUUCACCAAACUUUUGUUUAUUAUUGUGUAAAUUGUCCACAAUUGUUUAUUGCUUGUAUAUAAAUUCCGGUACGCGAGUGAUAUACUUUACCUCUGAUCAAGUGUAAUAUUUGUGAUAAUCGAAAGACUGUAAUCGAAACAACAAAAAGUGCUCAAUUAUCAGUAAUUUAAUAAAAUUAGGAACUUUAUCAGAUUCCAUUGGUCAGCUCAAUACUGAUUAACUUCUAAUAAGUAAGCCCCACAAAACAGUUAUCAAGUGAAACGUUUAGUGGGUAAAAGUCUAAACGGGCCAAACAAUUACACACGAACCUCAAAUAGAUAGAAAUACGAGCACAAAAUGCGAGUAGUGGGAUCCAGUAUGCUGUCAGCCCUCAAACGACUAUCAACGCGAAAGCCCCCAACGUUGGUCAGUAAUAUCAGAUCUUUGAGCUCUUUUGGAACCAUGAGCCUACCUGAACGACAGCCUUUUUCUCCAGACUUCUUCUUCCGCCAACUUUUUGAUGGAGAAAGUAGCACCUAUAGUUACCUUUUGGCGGAUCUGAAGAAUGGAGAUGCCGUGAUUAUUGAUCCGGUGCUGGAACAGGCGAAACGGGAUGCCCAGUUGGUCAAGGAUCUGGGUUUUCAGUUAAAGUAUGCCAUCAACACCCAUAUGCAUGCGGAUCACAUAACUGGCAGCGGUUGGCUGAGGAAGUUGACGGGGUGUCAGACGGUAAUUGCCGCCGCCAGUGGAGCAAAAGCGGAUCGUCACCUGAAGGAGGGAGAUCGCAUAGAUUUCGGCACCCAUGUGAUAGACACUUUGGCCACACCGGGACACACAAAUGGCUGCAUGAGUUAUGUGAUCAAGGAUCAGGGUUGUAUCUUCACCGGGGAUACCGUCCUAAUUCGAGGUUGCGGACGCACUGAUUUCCAGGAGGGCUGUCCACGUAAUCUAUACGAUAAUGUGCAUUGCAAGAUCUUUACUCUCCCAGAGAACUUUCGCAUCUAUCCGGCGCACGACUACAAGGGUCAAUUGGAAAGCAGUGUGUGGGAGGAGAAGCGCUAUAACCCCAGACUGACUAAGGAUAUCGAAGAGUUUGUCAAAAUCAUGGACACCCUAAACUUGCCAUAUCCCAAGAAAAUAGAUGUUUCGGUACCCGCCAAUCGAGAGUGCGGAGUGUACGACAUACCCAAGGAGUAAACCCAACCCCUGAAUACCUUAUAUGCAGCUUAUAUGAUAAUGUUUCUCAAAGAGAUUUGUAAUCUUUAAAAUAAAUAUAUGUAUAUUUCUUAUCAAAAUCAA